AUGUGGAAACGCAGCCAGAUUGCGAAGCGGGCGGGCGACUGGUGUCGAAAGUUGGAGGCGUUCUCAAGGAAUUACGUCUCAGUCUGGAGACCAAGGAGGUUUCUGAAGGCUUCUCGCGCGGUGGCAGCUCGUCCGGUUGUGCGUCGUUGCACUGUUAUUGAUUCAGAGCCAGAAGUACAUUCAACCCUCAAGAUUGUCGUUCCGAGCGAUGAGCGCAGACUCGAGGCGCGCUCGCGCGGGGUCAUGCGACGACCAAGCGACGACGCCGAGAAAAUUGUGAAGACCGAAAUUGCGAAGAAGACCGAAGUUGCGAGAAAGACCGAAAUUGCGAAGAAGACCGAAAUUGCGAAGAAGAUCUAG